GUACAAGUUGAAGGGAGGGGUCCGAUAGCGAUACCAAUUUUGACCAAUUCAUUCCCGUCACCACAUCUCCUCUUCUCCCCAUUUCCCAUUUCCCACCCAAACAGCGAGUGAACACACACCAACAAUAGACCGCAGCACGUCACUGCCACUGCCACUCCCACUGCCACCUACCUCUCUCUUUAAUUUGCGGCUCGGAAUCUGCGAUAUUUCUUUCGAUCGCAGAGGUCGAAGUCGAAGCUAGGGUUUAAUUAUCUGUGGUUUUAGCGGCGAUCGAUCAGGCGAGUUUGUUUGUUUGUUUGACUGUCUGGGGUUCCUACGCAUUUCAAUCCUUCCGAGUGCUGCUGCGCAUUGCUUGCUUGCUUGCUCGCUCGCUCGCUUACACUUUCGACUUCCUUCCUUCCAAACACCCUCCCACCCUAUGAAAUUUCUUAAAGAAACUGCAAUUAUAGAUGAGAUGAGAUGAGGUGAGGUUCGCAGAUCCACAAUUUUCCUUUCUCUGACGAUGACGAUGACGAUGAUGAUGAUGAUUGCUUCCAAUUCCGGGAGCUUGAAGUGAGGUAAUGUACUGGAGACUUAUCUUGGGGACUCAGUGAGUGGGUUUAUUUCUUGAUGGGGGAAGUAGCAGACAGAAAGCCAUUCAAGGCAUGGUCGUGGUCAGUUGAGCAGUGCUUGAAGGAGUACAAAGUGAAGUUAGACAAAGGUGUGAGCACUUACGAUGUUGAGAAGAGGAGAGAGAUUUAUGGAUGGAACGAACUCAAGAAACACGAGGGUAAGCCCCUUUGGAGACUUUUCUUGGAACAAUUUGAUGAUAUGCUUGUCAAAAUCCUUCUAGUUGCAGCUUUCAUUUCAUUUGUACUGGCCUACUUGCAACGGAAUGAAACUGAAGAAUCAGGGUUGGAAUCCUACAUGGAACCUUUUGUCAUAGUUUCAAUAUUAAUCCUUAACGCUGUGGUUGGAGUUUGGCAAGAAGGCAAUGCUGAGAAAGCCCUCGAAGCAUUGAAGAAUAUGCAAUGCGACUCUUGCAAGGUGAUUAGGGAUGGGUAUGUUGUCCCAGAUCUGCCUUCGUGUGAGCUUGUCCCUGGGGAUAUUGUGGACUUACGGGCUGGGGACAAAGUACCGGCUGAUAUGAGAGUGGCAGUCUUGAAGACCUCAACUUUAAGAGUGGAGCAGAGUUCACUGACGGGAGAGGCCAUGCCUGUCAUGAAAGGAACUGACCCCAUUUUCUUGGAUGACUGCGAGCUGCAGGCCAAGGAAAACAUGGUCUUUGCUGGAACGACCAUCGCUAAUGGCAGCUGUGUUUGCAUUGUUGUGAGCAUUGGGAUGUGCACUGAAAUGGGAAAGAUACAAUCACAGAUAGAUGAGGCAUCACAUGAAGAAAACGAAACUCCUUUGCAGAAGAAGCUCGAUGAAUUUGGUAAUAGGCUUACUACUGCUAUUGGCAUUGUUUGCCUCAUGGUGUGGAUUAUCAACUACAAAUACUUUCUCACAUGGGAGCUUUCAAAUGGAUGGCCUUCCAAUUUCCGUUUCUCUUUUGACAAAUGCACAUACUAUUUUAAGAUAGCAAUUGCCCUUGCUGUGGCUGCAAUCCCUGAAGGCCUUCCUGCUGUGAUUACAACCUGCUUAGCUCUCGGUACUAGAAAAAUGGCUCAAAAGAAUGCAAUAGUACGAAAGCUUCCGAGUGUGGAGACCUUAGGGUGUACAACUGUUAUCUGUUCCGAUAAAACAGGAACCUUGACAACAAAUCAAAUGUCAGUCACAGAAUUUUUUACCUUAGGUGCUAAGACAACAGAUUCAAGAAUUUUCUGGGUUGAAGGCACAACUUAUGAUCCUCAGGAUGGGAGGAUCGUCGACUGGAAUUGCAAUAAUAUGGAUGCCAGCUUGUUAGCUGUGGCUCAGAUUUGUGCUGUUUGUAAUGAUGCCGGGGUAUAUUGUGAUGGCCUUUUAUAUAGAGCAACUGGAUUGCCGACUGAAGCUGCUCUCAAGGUUUUAGUUGAAAAGAUGGGUGUUCCAGACAUCAAGGUCAAGAACAGUAUCCGUUGUUCAAAGAUUUUGUCCAAUUAUUUGAUCGACCACAAAACUGCUAAAUUAUUGUUCAUUUCAGCAUGCUGCGAAUGGUGGAUAAAACGAUUGAAAAGAGUUGCGACACUGGAAUUUGAUCGUGUCCGUAAGUCAAUGAGUGUUCUUGUUCGCAAGCCAGAUGGGUGCAACCGACUUCUUGUCAAGGGUGCAGUUGAAAGCUUAUUGGAGCGUAGUUCCUAUGUGCUACUCCCUGUAGGAUCAAUUAUCCCAAUGGAUGAACAAUGUAGGCAACAGUUGCAAUUAAGGCUGCUGGACAUGAGUUCAAAGGGGCUUCGAUGCUUAGGCUUAGCCUACAAAGAUGAUCUGGAAGAGCUUUCAGACUACUACACUGAAGGUCAUGCAGCCCACAAGAAGUUGCUUGAUCAUUCAUGCUAUUCCUUAAUAGAAAGCAGUCUAGUUUUUGUAGGAGUGAUUGGUAUACAGGAUCCUCCGCGUGAGGAAGUCCGCAAAGCGAUUGAGGACUGCAGGGGUGCAGGAAUAAAGGUCAUGGUGAUAACUGGGGACAAUAAGUCGACUGCGGAGGCCAUAUGUAAGGAAAUUGGUCUGUUCUCUGAAGGUGAGGAUCUUCGAGGAGCAAGUUUCACCAGUAAGGAGUUCAUGGCACUUCCAUCUUCACAACAAUUGGAUAUUUUGUCGAAACCCGGAGGGCGUGUCUUCUCUAGAUCCGAACCUAGACACAAGCAAGACAUCGUGAGGAUGCUCAAGGGCAUGGGAGAGAUUGUUGCCAUGACAGGAGACGGGGUCAAUGAUGCACCCGCCUUAAAACUUGCUGAUAUCGGAAUAGCCAUGGGCCUUACUGGGACUGAGGUAGCGAAGGAGGCAUCGGAUAUGGUGUUGGCAGAUGAUAAUUUCAGCACAAUAGUGUCCGCUGUUGCGGAAGGGCGCUCCAUCUAUAACAACAUGAAGGCUUUUAUCAGGUACAUGAUUUCAUCAAAUAUUGGAGAGGUUAUAUCCAUAUUCGUGGCUGCUGCUAUGGGGCUGCCGGAGUGCAUGAUACCUGUGCAGCUUCUGUGGGUGAAUUUGGUGACGGACGGCCCCCCAGCGACUGCGCUUGGGUUCAACCCUCCGGAUGUGGGUAUCAUGCAGAAGCCCCCCCGGAAGAGCAGUGAUGCUCUCAUUGAUUCUUGGGUUCUGUUCCGCUACAUGGUUGGGUUUGGUUUGGUGAUUGGAUCCUACGUCGGAGUUGCAACUGUUGGAGUGUUUGUGUUGUGGUACACACAGGCUUCAUUCAUCGGCAUCGACCUGGCGAACGACGGACACACACUCGUUACAUUGUCUCAGCUUCAGCGCUGGGGGGAGUGCCCGUCCUGGCCGGAGUUCACGGCAUCUCCAUUCACCGUUGGCAGUGGCCUCCGCCGCCACACAAUCGCUUUCUCCGACCCCUGUGAGUAUUUCUCCCCCUCCGGCAAGAUCAAGGCGACGACGCUGUCGCUCUCCGUGCUGGUGGCGAUAGAGCUAUUCAACUCUCUCAAUGCGCUGUCGGAGGACAACAGCCUGAUGAGCAUGCCGCCGUGGAGGAAUCCUUGGCUUCUCGGGGCGAUGUCAGCCUCCCUCGUGCUCCACUGCCUGAUCCUCUACGUGCCCUUCCUGGCCAACGUGUUUGGCGUCGUCCCGCUUGGCUUGAACGAGUGGCUGCUUGUGCUGGCCUUCUCUGCCCCCGUCGUCCUCAUAGACGAAGCUCUGAAGUUUGUGGGGAGGAGGAGGAGGAAGAGAUUGCGGCAGGCAAAAGUGAAACUGGCUUGAUGUGGAUCUGUUUGUCUGCAUGUUCCGUCUGUCUGAACUGAAAUGAAUGGAGCAGCAUUACAUACUACUAAGUCCCUCCCUCCCUCCCUCUCUCUAAAUGUAAUGUAAUUGAAUAUAUAUAUAUAUAUAUGUUUUGGCAAUGUUAGAAAUGCCUCUCUCUCUGCCUGCCUGCC